GUCGAGCUCAUGAAGGUCCUCCCAGGCUACACGUACGUGUGCCAGCCGGCGGACGUGGCUUGGAACCGCCCGCUCAAGGAACACCUGCGCAACCAAUGGGUCCAGUUUCUCCUAGCACAAGUCCGCUCAUCAAGUCGCGAGGCGGCAUUCAAAAUGACCGCACCCUCAAGGUCUGACGUCAUCGCCUGGAUCAAGAGUGCAUGGACAUCUCUAACGACGGCCACAAUCAUCGGUGGCUUCAAGAAGGCGAGGCUCGUUGAACUACAAGAGCAGGAGGAACAGGCUACGCCCGAGCCAAAUUGGAGCGCGCUUAUCAGUCUUCUUCAGCAGGAGCGCGUGCCAAUGUGCAGC